AUGAUGAAGGAAAAUUCACCAACUCGGUUCCUAGGGGACCGAACAGGAAACUUGAAAGUGACCUGGCGGCUGCCAUGUAUAUCGACAGAUGAGAAGAAUGCUAAUGUUAUUGUUAAGUUCGUUCUUGCCCAGAGUGUUACUGCUGUUUCUGGUUUGGUAUCUUAUCCCUUCGAUACUGUCCGUCGUCGUAUGAUGAUGAUGGCCGGUCGUGGUGGCAACGCUGUCCAGUACUCUUCCAAUUGGGACUGCUGGGUCAAGGUCUUCCAAGAGGAGGGUGUCCCUGGUUUCUUCAAGGGUGGUCUCUCUAACAUGCUCCGUGGUGUCGGCGCUGCUUUAGUUCUUGUGUUCUAUGAUGAGUUCAAGAACGCUAUCAACAAUAAGAUAGCUCAGAACAACCAGUAA